AUGGCCGGCUCGUGUGCCGUCCAGGUGAAGCUGGAGCUGGGACACCGAGCCCAGGUCAGGAAGAAACCCACCGUGGAGGGCUUCACCCACGACUGGAUGGUGUUUGUCAGAGGGCCUGAGCACAGCAACAUUCAGCACUUUGUGGAGAAAGUCAUCUUUCACCUGCACGAGAGCUUCCCCAGGCCGAAAAGAGUGUGCAAGGAUCCACCCUACAAGGUUGAAGAAUCUGGAUAUGCUGGUUUCAUUUUACCAAUUGAGGUUUACUUCAAAAACAAGGAAGAACCUAAGAAAGUUCGAUUUGACUAUGACUUAUUCCUGCACCUUGAAGGCCACCCACCUGUAAAUCACCUCCGCUGUGAAAAGCUCACAUUCAACAACCCGACAGAGGAAUUCAGAAGAAAGCUGCUAAAGGCAGGAGGGAUGAUGGUAAUGUCAGAUGGCACAUCAUUUUCUUCAGGGCAGAGCCUUCAUCUCCCCAGCCUUCCCAGUAACUCUCUGUCUUUUUCUGAAGUGAAGAAGAAAUCAUCUCAUGGGCCAAAGGACCCAGCUAAGAUUCUGAACAUAAAUAGCAGCAGCAGUAGUAACAGCUUUUCAAAGACCCAGAAGUUAACAAAGGAGCACAAGGAAAAAAUCUGUAAAGACUCAAAAGAACAAAAAAGUGCCUUCAAAGAACCUUCCAGGGAACAUAACAAAUCUUCCAAAGAAUCCUCUAAGAAACCCAAAGAAAACAAACCACUAAAAGAUGAAAAAAUGGUUCCUAAGAUGGCCUUCAAGGAACCCAAACCCAUGUCCAAGGAACCAAAAUCUGAAAACACCCCCAUCCUUAGCAUAAUGUGUGGGCAGCAGCAAGAAAAGAAAACUCUUACGAAAAGGCCAUCUAUACUGGACACUGAUGAAUCUUCUGCAAGAAAAAGAAAAAAAACCAGCUCGGAUUCAUUAUUUAAAAGUUUUCCUAGUGCCCCACCACUGAUUCUUACUUGUUCAGCUGACAAAAAGCAGACAAAAGAUAAAUCUCAGCUCAAGGUGGGGAGAGUCAAAAUUGAAAAUGAUGCACUGGAAAGGAAGACCCCUACUCUGCCACCAUUUGGUGAUAUUCUAGAUCCCAGUGAUUCUGACAUGGAGGAAAAUGUAUCCUCCAAAUCUGACUCUGAACAGCCCAGUCCUGCCAGUUCCAGCUCCAGUUCCAGCUCCAGUUUCACACCAUCUCAAAACAACAGACAACAAGGUCCCUUGAGGACCAUAAUGAAAGAUCUGCAUUCAGAUGAUAAUGAAGGUGAAUCAGAUGAAGCAGAUGAGAAGGACAAUGAUUCUGAGUUGGAACAACCUGUAAAUACACGAGGGGGAGGCAGGAGCCGAAGGGUUAGUCUGAGUGAUGGCAGUGAUAGUGAUAGCAGCUCAGCUUCCUCACCACUGCGCCAUGAUCCAGCACCACCUGUACUGAAAACCAGCAGCAGCCAGAUUUUAGAAGUGAAAACGCCAAUAAAGCAAAACAAAACAGAUAAACAAAUGAAGAAUGGGGAUUGUGAUAAGGCAUAUCUUGAUGAACUAGUAGAGCUCCACAGAAGAUUAAUGACAUUGAGAGAGAGACAUGUACUGCAGCAGAUAGUAAAUCUUAUAGAAGAAACUGGACACUUUCAUAUCACAAAUACAACCUUUGACUUUGAUCUUUGUUCACUGGACAAAACCACAGUCCGUAAACUACAGAGUUAUCUGGAAACAUCUGGAACCUCCUGA